UUCCGUACUUUUUUUUAAAACCAUAGCUUAUUUUGGUGAGUUAGUUAUUUUGUGAACACCCGAUACUAAAGGAUGGCCUUACCUUAACGGCAACCAAAAUGCUUUAAAAGCCAAGCUCUCAAGACAUUUACACCUCCCAAUCUCCAUUUUCAGUGUGAAAACAACAUAACAAAUCUCAUUUUCACUCAUACAACCCAAACAAGAACAAGAAGAUCCUACAAUGGCUGACGAUGAUCCACAAGAUGUAGCUGACAGGGAAAAAAUAUUCAAGAAUUUUGAUGCCAAUGGUGAUGGUCAAAUCUCUUCCUCGGAGCUCGGCGAAGCACUCAAGACACUAGGAUCGGUGACCCCAGAGGAAGUGCAACGGAUGAUGGAAGAGCUCGACACAGAUGGCGACGGCUUCAUUUCAUACGAGGAAUUCACGGCGUUUGCAAGAGAGAACCGUGGCCUAGUCAGGGAUGUCGCCAAGAUCUUCUAAUUCAUUCCUUGCCUUCAUUGUUCAUUCUCCAUCCUUUUAAUAUAGUUGUGUACAUCUUUGUGCUAUGUAAUCAACGAUUACUAGAGAAAAAUGUUUGAUGUUCUAUGUUUUAUAAUGUGGUUAUGUCUUGUGAUUGAUUAGCUUUUUGUUU